CGAAGCAAAGCGCGGAAAUAAAUAUACUACAGAGGGCUUCUGCAGUCGAUGUAUUCUUAUCUGCCAUGUUGAGAAGAGUAUUUUCAAUCAUGAAGAAUAUAUCUGGGUCACUGAUGACGCAAAUGAACCGCCGCGCUUAGUAACCAGCAAUCGACUCCUUCCGCGCAAGAAAAGAGAAUACCUUACACCCUGUAAGAAACACUGGAAUCGCCGAAGGACAAUUUCUUCCUACUGUACAGCGGGAUUGUGACCAGCACUCCAGCCGUCAAAGGCCGUUUCAUCAGUCUGUCUCACUCGGACUCAUGUAGUGAACACGGCAUUUUACAGACGAAGAAAAAGUCAUCGCGACCCUUGAGGAUCGCCCAUACAGUCGAGUUACCUCCCAUGUUUGAUGCCUGCUGUAUGCUGUCAGAAUCUACUGUUUCUGUCUAACUAACUUCGUCUCCUGAGUUGACAGCAGACUCGACUGAGGUACCAGUGCCAAGUCCAUCACUUUUUUCUCCUUCCCGGUUCCACGUACGGCAUAAUAUUGGCUCAAUCAACCAAAUCUCCUACUUCCAGCAUGGGGCGCAAAAAAAUCCAGAUCUCGCGAAUAGGCGAUGAACGCAAUCGUCAGGUUACAUUCACCAAACGAAAGUUUGGAUUGAUGAAGAAAGCUUACGAGCUAAGCGUGUUAUGCGACUGCGAGAUUGCUCUCAUCAUCUUCAAUGGCUCUAACAAGCUGUUCCAGUAUGCCAGCACCGACAUGGACAAGGUCCUUCUGAAAUACACCGAGUAUAAUGAACCCCACGAGAGCCGCACAAACAAGGACAUCAUUGAGGCUCUCAACAAGAAGGAACACAAGGGUUGCGAGAGCCCGGAGCCCAUUGAGCAGGACCCCUACGCCCAGGGCCUGCGUGGAGACGACAAAUACGACCGCAUCAACGACGACUACCAACGUGUCAUGCAGCAGAACGUCAUGAGGAAGUUUAUGAAUUAUCCACAGUUCUUUGACCAGAGCGGGGGCAUCCAGCAGUACCACAACACUAUGCCGGUGCCGAUACACAAUAGUGGCUAUCCCAGUCAACCGGGUUUGAUUCCGCCCCCACAGAACCAUGUCCUGAGUGGCUCCCCCGGACUGCUACAGCCACCACAGGUGGCGCCCCCUAGCCACAGUCCCAGGCCAAACUCCACCGGUGGGAUGGUUGAUCUGAGUCAUUCCCCCACCCCCAAUGGCUACCCCCAUCGAGUGUCCCCCUGCAGUUCGCCUGGGGUGAUGGUCCACCACGCCAAACAGAUGGCCAAACAGUCGCCCACCCCACCCCAAAUGAGGCCCAACCCAAAUCUUCGUGUGAUGAUCCCACCUCAUAGCCGUGGCGAUCUCAUGUCCCCUGAUCUCCAAGGCCGAGUAGGCAACUCCUUAGUAACGCCAGUUGUUUCCUUGGCAACCCCGAACAUGCCGGGUAGCGGGUACCCCUCCUCACUUCCCUCGUCGUUUCAUCCAAAUGACUUCCCGCUGACCACUGCUGAUGUGAGUAACGGUUACAACUCCUGGUGUGGGCAGGGCUCCCUGACUACCGGCUCGCCACACCACUCCACCGGCCUGUCCCUGACGUCAGGGACAGUACCACACACUGCCAACUCGGGCCACCAUUUAUCUCCCUUGGCAAUCAACACAAUGACACAACCUAUGAAUAUCAAAAGCGAACCUAUCUCGCCUCCACGGGACUCCACGACCCCCUCUAGUCACCACCAACAACAGCAACAGCUACGUCCUCCAUCUGCGGGCACCGGGCACCUGUCGCCCGGCCACAUCUCUCAUAGCAACAGUUCGUCUCCGGUGAAUGUACACACCAACGACUACGACGGCCCGAUGGUGAAACGCUCCCGUAUAGAGGGCUGGGCGACCUAGGGGAUGCUGGAGGACAUCCGAGUCUCCAUCUUGCUGUCUGUCUCUAUCUCAAUCUGCAGACACAGAGACUAACGUCGCCUGAUUGGUCAGCAGGACUUGGUCAGCAGCUUGCUCAUUGGCACGCUAGCUACGGCCAUCAGCUGGUCUGACUGCAUCCGGAGUGGUGGACUUGUAUAUUGUACAGGAAGCUGUGACAAGCAGGACAGUUAUGUACUAAUACGUACUUAAAAUCCCAUAUUUUCGUACGUAUGUUUCUACUCCCGUGUUUCUGCGUAAGAUUUUGCGCAUGGUGGAAGGCCGCGAGCCUUUGGUGCCUUUCAGGUGGACAAACUGGAUAGACGCUUUCAUUUGUGUAAAUAUUGCUCCUGCACCUUGUGUCACUCACCACUGAUGAUCACUACAUAUGUUUAUUAUCAUUAUUAUCCAACUGUGCAGAAGAUGUUGUAUCAGUUACUUAUGUGGCUGUUUUGAAUACACUGACAAAUGAGGUGGAGUGUUUUGUUGACAUAUAAAUGCAUAUAUUCCCCCGUCUGGUGCCUAGUAACAACGUUGUGACCUUGUAACACGACAUAGUAGCUCUGGACGAGUCCGAACAGCGACGGACGGACGGACGGACAGAUGCUAUUUCAGCUAGAGUAGUGCUCACUGUCAAAUAAUUCAACGAAAUUAAAAGUGGUAGUAGAUUAGCUAACUAGGAUGGAUGAAGCCCCUCGCGUGGGAUUAGUCAGCGACAAUGAGGAUUGAUAUCACUGUUGUGCACAAAUUAGACAUGAACACACGUACGUGUCCAUUCCCUCAGUGGGUAAUUGUUGAUGUGUAUUCACCAUGCAAAGGGCAAAGCUGAGUGACAGUCACUCUUUGUAUACCUUGCACCAUCACACAGCUUUUUCUUCUCUUUGAAACACAUUGUUAUCUUGACCUUUGACCUGAUCAUGAAUCAUUCGUAUGAUAUUCAAAGCCAACUUUUCAAAUGUCAAAAAUAAUGCGUCUGAAACUUAUUUAAUGUAAUAGACACUGUUAUUGAUGAAGUAAUGAUCGUAAUUGGACUUUUUAGGGAAUCUAGUUUAUCUGUAUGGAACAAAUUCCAGAGAUUUAUUAUAUAUCUACACCCGUGAGAGGAUGCUUCCUUCUCAUAGCAAUGUGCAAUAUGUUCAAUGCCAGUACUGACAACACUACUUACUGAUUGCCACCUCCCAAUGGUCGUUAAAAGUGCUUUUAAUUUAUUUACAUGUUAAAAAUUGUUGAAGUUUGUGAUGAACUAGAAGCCUGAUAGGAAAGUGCAAAGUGACAGGAAAACUUCUCUCGUCAAAGCCGACGGACACUUUCGCUCCUCUGUACCGAUAUCUCCACUCCUAGUUCCUAUAGGUUUAAGGAACACCAGACUGCAUGGUUCUAAGAAAUGGCUCAGGUUCAGCAUAUCCGAGAAAUGAAAUAAGUCAAAGAUUGUAAUAUUCUGACGAUUCUGAAAUUUGACAUGGAAUACAGACGGUGUAUAUGUUCGAAAACAUGAUCGUGCUUGACGUUUGUAGUCUGGCUAUGUGUAGUUCAGGUGCAUUUAUAAAGGCUAAUAGAUCAUUAUUUUUGUAUUUGUUUCAUAACACCUAUAGAGUAUAUUUUCAAACUUUUAUCACAGAAGUCGAUUAUGCUCAUAUGAUCUUUUAGACCUGCAGAGUAGAGGUUGUAAAUAUUGGAGAGUCUUUAAAUGACACUUUUCUAAUCUACGCAAAUUGUACGUUUACAACAAUUUAUACUUUGAAACCAGAUACUCUUUCUGAUAUGUUUAUUUUAAUUCUUUUUCUUGAAACAUUACGACCUAGUCCUUGUCUGUUACUCUGUAUAUGAAAAGAUUAAGUUUUCAUAUUUUUUCAUACUUUACUAUUCCUUGUAUAUUUUAGCAUUUAUAAACAGUUUCAUAUCAGGGAUGAAAUUUUCUGUUAAAAGUUGAAAUUUUUAGAUGAUACUCAUCUAUGAAUGUUGUACAAACUAUUACUAUUUAAUUUCCUCGAGACGGUUGAUUGUUCCCUCUCACCUCUGUUAAUCAACUGACAUUAGGCGUAAGUUGAGUGCUUUUACUAAGAUCAACUGUGAUAUUCAAAUGAUGGCUAUUUCUUGAGUGAGUGUUCUAUAUGUUGCCUUAGCGAUAAUAUGUUACUAUGGUUACUAGGCAUGUUACAGAAUGUGUAUAUCAGGUAGCACUGGCUUGGCAGCUCCCCAAUUGCAAACUGACCCUGGACUUGACAAGUGUUUACACUCAAACUAUGAAAUAUGAUUCCUACAGAAAGUGCUGUUGAUUUUUUUCGAACACGGAAUCAAAUAUUCUUUCCGUACUGUCCUAUCGGUUUGUGUCUUCACAAGAUGUCACUUUGCAAUUGAAAAGCUGAGAAAUGUGUAUAGUUACUCAGGCAAUAUAAUGUGUUACUUCGUGUUUUACUUGGAAGCGUCAGCGGUAUUGUUGAGGUCAUGGCACCACGGCGUGUUGGCUGGCUGACUGGAGGGCGUGGCUUCUGUCUGUGUUAACAAAAGCAUUGAGGGAGAGUUGUUCCUAUUGAAAGACUUCACAUAAUGAAAAAGUGCUUUUAACUAUUAAUAUGUUUGUAUACCAUUAUGAAUGGUUCAAUUGUUGCAAAACUUGCAAGAAUUUUGUAUGUAUAAAUAUUUUUGUGCUGUAGUAUACUCGUUGCCAAGUAAGUUAUUGUAAAAUGAUAGUGUAUGUGUUUUGUACUGUGUACUUGGAUCACAGAGGAGAAAUUCAAUAUGGCAGCACUCAGGCGAGGAAAUGAAAACUACAUGUUUCUACACAAAGAUGGCAUGAUAACACUGGUGGCACGUCAUAUAAGGCGUUAGACGCUGGUGGCACGUCAUGUGAGGCGUUGGACACUGGUGGCAAAUGAAGCAAUGCUAGGCUUGUUUCAAAUGUCAUGAGGCAAUGCUAGGCUUGUAUCACAUGAGGCAAUGCUAGGCUUGUGUCACAUGAGGCAUUGCUAGGCCUGUGUCACAUGAGGCAAUGCCAUGCUUGUGUCUUAUGAGGCAUUGCUAGAUUUGUGUCACAUGAGGCAAUGCUAGAUUUGUGUCACAUGAGGCAUUGCUAGACUUGUGUCACAUGAACCAAUGCGAGGCUUGUGUCACAUGAGGCAAUGCUAGACUUGUGUCAGAUAAAGCAAUUCUAUGCUUGUGCAACAUGAGGCAUUGCUAGACUUGUGUAAUGUGAAGCAAUGCAAGGCUUGUGUCACAUGAGGCAUUGCUAGACUUGUGUCACAUGAAGCAAUGCGAGGCUUGUGUCACAUGAAGCAAUACGAGGCUUGUGUCAAAUGAAGCAAUGCUACGCUUGUGUCACAUGAAACAUUGCUAGACUUGUGUCACAUGAAGCAUUGCCAGACAUGAGGCAUUGCUAGACUUGUGUAACAUGAAGCAAUGCUAUGCUUGUGCAACAUGAGGCAUUGCUAGACUUGUGUCACAUGAAGCAUUGCCAGACAUGAGGCAUUGCUAGACUUGUGUAAUGUGAAGCAAUGCGAGGCUGGUGUCACACUAGGCAUUGCUAGACUUGUGUCACAUGAAGCAAUGCUAGACUUGUGUCACAUGAAGCAAUGCUGGGCGUGUGUCACAUGCCAUCAGGCAUUGCUAGGCUUGUCACAUGAGGUGUUUGCAAGACUGGUGUCCCGUUACGCGUGAGGUGUUGCUGGAACGUCCACAGGGAGCCAUUACGAUACCAGCUGCAGAUGAAUGCUGGGUACAGUGGGUGUCCUUGUCUCCUCCACAACCAUGUGUAGUCCGUUGCCUCACAAGUCUGUGAAGUGGAACAGUAUGUGACAGGUAGACACACAUGAUGUUAACAGAAUUUCCGAGUGAUUUUCACAAACAUGAAUUCUUCAGACACUUAUUGAGAUGUGAUUUUGAUUAAAAUCAACACAGAAUUUAUCAUGAGGUGUUGGAUGUUUGUCUUAGGGAAUGACAAUCCUCCAGGAUUGGGGCAUUUUAUUGCAGACUCUGGAGGAGACGCUCCAACACUCACCCACAUGUACCGAGCAUCUCUCUGAUUCCUAUUUAUUUCUGCAGCAGCCAUGUCGGUGUGAAGUCAGAAGCUGUUUCAAACACGCACCGAGAACCAACUCCAAUGUCACUCCGUGUCUUGUCAUUUGAUGGCAGAUGGUCUUCCGUGGCAUAUUUCGAUCAGGGCGCUGUUCUACAAAGCAAUCGUAGCGCUUAUGACAGUCUUGAGCCUAUGUUAAAGCAUGAGAACUAUGAUCAUCAGCGAUACGAUCACUUUAUGGAAACGGCCCCAGUCCUAUAAGAUGAAACUGUUACAGGUGCAAAAUUAAUUAAUUUGUAAACUUGAAAUGUCUGCUUCUACUUGUGUCAAAUACCAGUUGUUGUCCCCACACCGACAUCGCCCUGCAGCCGAAGCUACCCCAAUGACUUCCGUCUCACUCUGCUGUAUAUUCUCAUUGUCCACUCAGUGUCUCCUGUAUUUGCUGAGUCAGCGGUUGUCAGCCUGUUGCCUGCUGGGCAGCACCACCAGAGUGGAUAGAAGUGAUGUGUGCAAUGACCAGCUUUAACUAUAUGAAGGAGAAGUGCACUUGAGAUAUUGCCAGACAUUAGCUACUCAUACAUUGUUUGUACACAUCUUGUAAUUGGGAUGUUACCAUGGAAACUGGUUGUCAGUCACAUGACUGGCUUCUGAUUGGUUGAUGUAGGAGCCAAUCAGUGCUCUGUAGCGGACAAUGCUUGUUCUAUCUUGUAAUGCUUCGAAGGUUUCAGAAUAAUAAAUCAGUUUUGAUUUAGAUUUGUUUUCACAUUUUCAAAGGAUUGAAUGCAUUUCAUGCAUCUAUAUGAAAACUUAUGUAUCUUUGUAUGCUUGAAGACAAAGUGAAAGAAAUAGUACAACAGUGCUAUCUGAUUCAUCAGGUAGACAGGCAGUGUCUGUUACAGGUGAGAUACUGGGGGGGGCUUCUUUAAGGUGAAGUGUCUGCAUACAGGUGAGAUAUGGGAGCGGGGUGGGGAGGGGGGCUACUUAGGGGUCUUGGGGGACAGGAUAGCUACUUCAAUAUGCUAGCGGAAUGGGUAGUUACCUCAAUAUUCUAGAAGCACAGGGUGCAACCUUGAUAAGCUUGAGGGGAGUGGUGGCGAACUCAAUCUGCCAAACAAGACAGACAUGGCUACUUCAAUUUGAAAUUUACGGGGUGAAUACUCCUCAAUGUCCAAGUGCCUAGGUAGGUACUUUCAGGUAGAUGCAAGGUAGGCCUGUUGAUGGUACAAGAUACUGGGAGGGUGGCUACUCCUGGGUAGAUGAUAAAGAAGGGACGGUACCUUUACUGACAAGUUUAGAAGAGGUCGGUGGUAAAGACGUCAUUUGGGAAGGUUGCAGCCCCAGUUUCAGAGGUAUAUGGUGCAGGUAGAAGCUGAUUGGAAGCAGGGAUAUGGGGAGGGCAGUUACUUGGUGGCUCCCAGCUACAGGUAUUCGUGCUGUACUGCUGUGUAACACACAUGUAGCACACACACGUAACACACACGUAAUCAUGGCAACAGGCUUGUGUAUGUCACGAUGUUCACUUGUGUCUGCUCGUUGGAGGUAUCAGUCAUCUUAGACAGGAUGGUACUAAACAAUUAAACUUGUUGAAGUGCA